AUGGACAUCGUUAUUGUUUUGGACGGCUCAAACUCGAUCUAUCCCUGGUACGAGGUCCAGGACUUCCUCAUCAACAUCUUACAGAAGUUCUACAUCGGCCCGGGUCAGACGCAGGUGGGGGUUGUUCAGUACAGUUCCUCCGUGGUUCAUGAGUUUAACCUGGGGGACUACCAGACGGUGGAGGAGGUGGUGGAGGCCGCCAGGACCAUCGACCAGCGAGGAGGAGAGGAGACCCGAACAGCUCUGGGCAUCAACGUGGCUCGGUACGACUCAAACUGA